AUGUUUGCCUCAAGUAUCUUGCUCCUUGCCGCACUCGUAGCAGCUGUUCCUUCUCCGCCACUGGUCCGUGUGCGCGAGUCAAAGGUGACAGUGCCGUUCGUCGGCAGACUCAACAUCACCGGGCACACGAUCGCCGAGAUUGACAGAGCGCGUGCUGCUCAAAGCCGUGCAAAGGGUAAGGCUCGGAUAGGACAGUCAGAGAAGCGACAAUCGGCAUUUCCAAUCAUCAAUGAAGCCGUCACUUAUGUUGCCACAGUCGGGGUCGGAAGUCCAGCUACUUCAUACGAUUUACUAAUUGAUACAGGAAGCUCGAAUACUUGGGUCGGAGCUGGGAAGCGUUUCGUGGAAACGAGUACAAGCCAGGAUACGGGCGACCUUGUCUCAGUUCAAUACGGAUCAGGAUUCUUUAUCGGGGAGGAAUUCUCUGACACCGUGACGCUCGCGGAAGGUCUUGUUAUCGAAAACCAAGGCAUUGGUGACGCUUUGAUCUCCCAAGGUUUCGAUGGCGUGGAUGGUAUCCUUGGCAUUGGCCCGACGGAUCUCACUGAGGGCACAGUGGAUGGCAUUGAUAGCGUUCCCACAGUCACCGACAAUCUGUUCUCUCAAGGCAUAAUUCCGGAGAAAGUUGUUGGUGUUUUCUUCGCACCAACAAACUCACUCGAGAUCGCCAAUGGAGAGCUUAGCUUCGGACAGGCCGAUGCAUCCAAGAUUACGAGCGAUGUUGUCUUCACCCCUAUUACAUCGACUUCUCCUGCUAGUGAAUUCUUCGGAAUCGAUCAAAGCAUAACGUACGGUUCUGACGGGACCGUUGUCCUUCCUUCUACGGCUGGUAUUGUCGACACAGGAACUACACUCUUCUUAUUGCCCACUGAUGCAUUCAACACGUACACGACUCUAACUGGUGCUACUAUGGACAACAACGUCGGACUGCUCAGUCUUACCCCUGAGAACUUCGCGAAUCUCCAAAGCCUUUUCUUCAACAUAGGAGGCUCCGCAUUUGAGUUUACUCCAAAUGCCCAGCUGUGGCCUCGUGCACUUAACACUGCAAUUGGAGGUCCGGCAAAUGGUAUCUUCUUGAUCGUCAGCGAUCUUGGGACGAAUAGCGGCGAAGGCUUUGACUUUGUUAACGGAUUUGCGUUCCUGGAACGUUUCUAUUCCAUCUUUGACAGCACUAACAACCAAGUCGGCUUCGCGGCUACCGCUCACACCAUGGAUGAAACGAACUGA